AUGGCUGGCAUUUUAGGUCCCCGGGCUCUAUCCUGGGCUUUGGUUGUGCUCGCAACAGGCGUGGUCUACAGAACAUACAUACACAAUAUCAUCUUCGUCACCAUCGGCGUUGGCCGGGAAAUCCAACCGAUCGAGGACUUUCCAUGGACUUGCACUCGUGUCCAGCACUCUCUCCUUGAAGGCUGCGAGGACCUGUGGCUUGAUGACCAGGAAAGAAAGCUAUAUGCAGCAUGCACCAGCCUGGACUCUCGUCAGGGUUGGUCCCCUGCAGGCGACCACUACAACAUCUCCGCGAGAUCCCGCACGGAUCACAUCGCUGUUCUUGAUAUUGAUCAACCUGGCUUGAAUGGGCUGUACGGCCUACGGCAGCUCCAAAUUGGCGGAUAUCACGAUGAUCUUGACUUGCAUGGAUUCGACGUUCGCAACAUUGAAGGCCGGCUUCGAUUCUGGUUGAUUAACCACAGACCCCCUGUUGACCCUGUGACUGGGGAAUUUCUUGAUGCCAGCACCGUUGGGGCAAAUUCGACUGUUGAGAUCUUUGAUCUGGACGAGGCUUCGGAGACGCUUGAGCAUGUUAAGACCGUGGCCAGCGAGGCGAUUAUUACGCCCAAUGGUGUGGCCGUGGAAGAAGAUGGUCUGGGCUUCGUGAUUACGAAUGACCACAAUACCAAAACUGGCGCUUUUCGUGGCCUAGAAAUGCUGAUUGGGGGUGGAAGUCUCGCUUAUUGUCGAUCUGACACGGGGAAAUGCCAUAUCGCCGCUGACAAGGGAUUCUCCACCGCCAAUGGAAUAGCCCACGACAAGAAUGGUCACUACUAUGUCGCUCACUCUGUGACUGGUCUCAUUACUGUCCACGAACUCGUCAAUGACCAAUUGAUCCAGGUUGAUUCCAUCCAUACCGGGUACCCAAUGGAUAACCUGUGGCUAGAUGCAGAUGGCAACCUCAUUGCAGCUGCUUUCCCUGACUCCAUCGCAUUUGUGAAAUCUACCAUGGACCCAUACAAUGUAGUAGCACCUGCUACUGUCCUUACAAUCAAUGGAAUUGCCAAUCAACUAAAGACACUCGGAAAGGAUUCUAAAGUGGCGAAAUUGGUGGAGGAUAGAGAUGCCAAGAGCCUUCCCAGCUCGACAGUUGCAGUGCAUGAUGUGAAGGGCCGUAAAUUGUUUUUGGCGGGUGUUUUCUCUCCAUUUAUUACAAUUUGUGAGCAGCGUAUCUAG